CCGCCUGAGAGCUCCAUCCGUCCGGCCAGAGAGAGAGGCUCCAACCCGCGCCGAACAUGACGGACGGAGAAGCCGAAGACGAGAUCCAGUUCCUGCGGACUGAUGAUGAGGUGGUCCUCCAGUGCUCGGCGACGCUCCACAAAGAGCAGCAGAAGCUCUGUCUGGCCGCCGAGGGCUUCGGGAACAGACUGUGUUUUCUGGAGUCCACGUCAAACUCAAAGAAUGUUCCUCCAGAUCUGUCCAUCUGCACGUUUGUUCUGGAGCAGUCUCUGUCGGUGCGAGCGCUGCAGGAGAUGCUGGCCAACACCGAGGAGAGAGCGGAGGGGGAUGAUGAGGUGGUCCUCCAGUGA